UUCCUUUGGAAUUGAUUUUUGCAUUCUACGGAAAAUAUCUUUAUACAGGUGAUACAAUAGAGGACAAGGAAGACAAUACACUAGAACUGACAGAUGAGGGAAACACUGAUAUAGAGCAGAAAAAGACUCCUAAGAAACAUGGUGAGAGCAGGAAGACAGCAGAGCAUGGCAAAAGUGCAGCUUCAAAGGAGGAGAAAGAACAGAUCCUUGAACUGUUAUCCAUGUCAAAGAGUGAGGCAUAUAAUCGUGAAGAUGCCCCCCUUGGUCUGGAGAAUCUGGAGGAAGAGGAAGAAGAGGAGGCUAUGGAGGUGACUGAGGACCUGGGCGGUGUGGUGGAACCCCCUGCCCCUGACACGGAGCCUGUCUCCAGUCAGGAGAUGGAGUUUGACACCCGUAGCGAGGCCAGCACGUCAUCCUCACAUUCCCACAGCUUCAGCAGUCCCAGCCACAGUCUGAGCCGCAGUCCCAGUCCCAGUGGGAUGGACUCACGCUCCCCCAGCAGGAGUCUCAGCCCCACUGGCUCAGACCUGGGGGGAGAAGGGACAGAAAGUAAGAAAACUUCACAUGAUGAUCGAAGGAAGAGGAAGAGGAAAAUCUCCCCAAUUGUUUUUGACAGAGGAAACACUUCUGACUCGGAAAAUGAAGCAGCAUCAAGAUCAAAAAGAACAAGGGUCCCUUCAUCAAGUGUGAAAGCAGUGAAGAAAGAUCAGUCCUCCAAACUUCGGUACUUGUUCCGCGAUGCCAGGUUCUUCCUAGUAAAGAGUAACAACCAUGAGAACGUGGCACUGGCAAAAGCAAAGGGUGUGUGGUCUACUCCUCCCAACAAUGAAAUGAGGCUCAACCAGGCUUUCAAGGAAUCCCGCAACAUCAUUCUGGUGUUUUCUGUGAAGGAGAGUGGCAAAUUCCAAGGUUUUGCUCGUAUGUCGAGUGAGUCGCGUCGGGAUGUGAAGCCUAUCCAGUGGGUUCUGCCUCCAGGCCUGAGUGCCAAGGCUUUGGGAGGAGUCAUCAAACUAGACUGGAUCAACAGGCAUGAACUGCCCUUUACCAAGACCACACAUCUGUUCAACGCAUGGAAUGAGAACAAGCCCAUCAAGAUAGGCAGAGAUGGCCAGGAGUUGGAGCCCAACUGUGCCGCCGCCCUGUGCCAGAUGUUCCCGCCUGACGAACACGUGGACUUGUCGGCGAUUUGCCGCCGCAGCAGAAGACAGUACUACGGGGAAAAGAAACGACACGACGUGCCACGUAGCGAAGAACGCGUACGGCGAUCCGACGGUGCUUCCUCGAGAAGAUGGAGAUACAUGGAGUAUGAAGAAGCAAGAAGAAAGCGCUUUCGCCGAGAAUAUUAUGGCCCAGGGUACAAGGAUCAUCGUGGUAGACCAGAGGACAGGCCUCGGUUUCACGGUAUGCGGCGAGAGGCCAUGAUUAAUGGGUCCUAUCCAGACUACAUGCAUGAGAUGUAUCCACCUACCAGACCACCACCUAUGGCAAUGCCACCCUACCCUGGACCUCCACCACAUCAGCACCCAAUAGAUCCGUCAUUUGGAGGCUAUCCACACGCUACCCUACAUCAUGACAGACGUGUUCAGGACUAUGCAGGGCCACACAGAGAAGACAGAGGCUACAAAGAGAAGAGAAUGUACGACUCCCACUCCCACGCAGUGGCCUGCGAUGAGUUCCUCCGUCGGACGUCCCGCAGUAGCCGCAGUCGCAGCCAGCGGUUCAGCAGAAGAUAAAGUCAACUGCAGAACACGACGCAGAGUAGGCUGCAUAAGGAAGAUUGUACAUUAUUAACUCGUUUAUAAAGAUACAUGUAUGUUUUACCAGUCAGUAGGUCAUGUAGGAAACAAUGUAAAGAUAAGGCUUCAGUAGAAGUGUUCUACAGGAAGAAAUAUAGGCUUUUAUUAAUUGUAGUCCGAUCGGUAACAUUACUAUUAGACAUUCACAGCCUUAUAUCUGAGGAGGAAAAUAUGUAGGAACCAAAAUUAUCUUACUAAAGAUCAGUUGUAAUUGUUCAGGCAAUGAUAGCAAAGAAUGUAGCAAAAUUUUUUGUCUUGUUUUGCUAUGGCUUGGAAUGAUUCAUCGAUAUUGUUAAUGAGAAUGUGUUCCAAGUACACUGUCACCACAAAAGCUUCAGAUGCUGUCAAAGAUGAAGAAGAAUUAAUUAAGAAGUAAACAUAGUCUAUUGAAAUAUCAAUAUGCCAUCAGUGAGGGCUGCCAUCUACAUUUAGAAGAAAUCAUGGAUGGGAAAGAAAAGAAAGAAAAAAACAUGAUUUAGCAAAAGUUGUAGUGCCCGUAGGUCACUUCAAAUUGAUCUUUCUUUUUGCUUCCUGAAUGUGAAUAUUACAUGUAUAUGUACACGCAGCUUGUGACAUUUUACCAUACCUU